AUGGUUCCUCAUUCCAGCACUAUCGAGUUGAAAGAUGACACCGUCAUCGUGGUGCUCGGUGCCUCUGGCGAUCUCGCCAAAAAGAAGACGUUCCCUGCACUCUUCGGUCUUUUCCGCAACAAAUUUCUCCCCAAGGACAUAAAGAUCGUCGGAUAUGCGCGGACGAAGAUGGACCACGAUGAAUACCUCAAGCGCGUGCGCUCUUACAUCAAGGUUCCCACAAAGGAUAUUGAAGAGCAAUUAGAUCAGUUCUGUCAGCUGUGCUCUUACAUUUCCGGCCAAUACGACCAGGAUGAUUCGUUCAUCAACCUGAACAAGCACCUCGAGGAGUUGGAGAAUGGUCGGCAAUCGAAGGAGCAGAACCGCGUCUUCUACAUGGCUCUUCCUCCCAGUGUCUUCACUACCGUUUCCGAGCAAUUGAAGCGAAACUGUUACCCCAAGUCGGGUCUCGCUCGCAUUAUCGUCGAGAAGCCUUUCGGAAAGGAUCUCCAGAGCUCGCGCGACCUGCAGAAGGCCUUGGACCCCAACUGGAAGGAGGAGGAGAUCUUCCGGAUCGACCAUUACUUGGGUAAGGAGAUGGUCAAGAACAUUCUUAUCCUGCGAUUCGGCAACGAGUUCUUCAAUGCGACAUGGAACCGCCACCACAUCGACAACGUCCAGAGUCUAAUUUCCUGGCAGAUCACAUUCAAGGAGCCCUUCGGCACUGAGGGCCGUGGAGGUUACUUCGACGAGUUCGGCAUCAUCCGUGAUGUGAUGCAGAAUCACUUGCUGCAGGUGCUGACCCUGCUUGCUAUGGAGCGUCCCAUUUCUUUCUCCUCGGAGGAUAUUCGAGACGAGAAGGUCCGUGUCUUGCGUGCGAUGGAUGCGAUUGAGCCCAAGAAUGUUAUUAUUGGACAGUAUGGCCGCUCGCUCGACGGCAGCAAGCCCGGUUAUCUGGAGGACGACACUGUGCCGAAGGAGUCGCGCUGCCCGACCUUCUGCGCCUUGGUUGCCUAUAUCAAGAACGAGCGUUGGGACGGUGUUCCCUUCAUCCUGAAGGCCGGCAAGGCCCUUAACGAGCAGAAGACCGAGGUCCGCAUCCAGUUCCGAGACGUGACCUCCGGCAUCUUCAAGGACAUCCCCCGCAACGAGCUGGUCAUCCGUGUCCAGCCCAACGAGUCUGUCUACAUCAAGAUGAACUCCAAGCUACCCGGUCUGUCCAUGCAGACGGUGGUGACCGAGCUGGACUUGACCUACCGCCGCCGCUUCUCCGACCUCAAGAUCCCCGAGGCCUACGAGUCGCUGAUCCUAGACGCCUUCAAGGGCGACCACUCCAACUUUGUACGCGACGACGAGCUGGAUGCGUCUUGGCGUAUCUUCACUCCGCUCCUGCACUACCUGGACGACAACAAGGAGAUCAUUCCCAUGGAGUACCCAUACGGCUCUCGCGGCCCCGCCGUCCUCGACGACUUCACCGCCUCUUACGGCUACAAGUUCAGCGACGCCGCUGGCUACCAGUGGCCGGUGACCACAUCUGCCCCGAACCGACUCUAG